CACGUGUCAUUAGAGUUGAAUGCGUGGAACGCGAGUUGCAGAGAAGAAGAAAACUGAAGAAGCGAGCAAGAAGAAGCAAGAAGAAGAAUGACGAUGAUGAACGCGGUGAACGCGUUCACGGUGACUCGGUUCCUGACUCGGGACCAACUCGUCGCCCAGGAAAACGUACCCAUCGGAUCGCCGUGGUGGUUCGUCUACGCCGGGAUCUCCGCUUUUCUCGUCAUCUUCGCCGGAAUCAUGUCAGGACUAACCCUAGGUCUCAUGUCUCUCGGCCUCGUUGACCUCGAGAUUCUUCAGCGUAGUGGUUCUCCUUCCGAGAAGAAGCAAGCAGCGGUUAUACUUCCUGUAGUUCAAAAACAACAUCAGCUUCUUGUGACUCUGCUUCUGUGUAAUGCUGCUGCCAUGGAGGCGCUGCCGAUAUACCUAGACAAGAUGUUCAAUCCGUUUGUUGCUAUCAUUCUCUCUGUGACUUUUGUUCUGUUUUUUGGGGAGGUUAUUCCACAAGCAAUUUGUAGUAGAUAUGGCCUUGCUGUAGGUGCUAACUUCGUAUGGCUUGUGCGCGUUUUAAUGAUAAUUUGUUACCCUGUUGCUUAUCCUGUUGGAAAGGUUCUAGAUUGUCUUUUGGGACAUAAUGAGGCUUUGUUUCGGCGAGCUCAGUUAAAAGCUCUUGUCUCCAUCCACGGCAUGGAGGCUGGGAAAGGGGGUGAGCUUACGCAUGAUGAGACAACAAUUAUCAGUGGUGCUCUAGAUUUGACUGAAAAGACAGCUGAGGAGGCUAUGACUCCUAUUGAAUCAACUUUUUCUUUGGAUGUUAAUUCAAAAUUGGACUGGGAGGCAAUGGGGAAAGUUCUUGCUCGCGGGCACAGCCGAGUUCCUGUCUAUUCUGGAAACCCAAAAAACAUUAUUGGGCUUCUACUGAUCAAAAGUCUUCUCACUGUACGACCAGAAACAGAGACCCCUGUCAGUGCUGUUUCCAUCCGGAGAAUACCAAGAGUUCCAGCAGAUAUGCCUCUGUACGAUAUACUGAAUGAGUUCCAAAAGGGCAGUAGUCAUAUGGCUGCUGUUGUUAAGGCUAGGGGAAAAGGAAUAACAAUUCCACAAAUAAUUGAUGAAGAGAAAUAUGAUGAAAAGGAAAGUGUUGGUGCCGAUUCGCAGCUGACUACUCCAUUACUACAGAAGCAGCAUGAGAAGUUAGAAAGUGUUGUUGUUGACAUUGAGAAGCCUUCAAGGCAUCCCAGUUCUAAUAAGUUGCAACAUAGUGAUGCUACAACAACUGGUUCCUUUAAAGAGAGUAUUGAAGAUGGUGAAGUGAUUGGUAUUAUCACCUUGGAAGAUGUAUUUGAAGAACUUCUGCAAGAGGAGAUUGUGGAUGAGACAGAUGAAUAUGUUGAUGUUCAUAAGAGAAUACGUGUGGCUGCUGCUGCAGCUGCUUCCUCUGUGGCACGGGCUCCAUCAACCCGAAGGUUGACUGCCCAAAAGGGAGCAGGAGGCCAAAGUAAGCCAGGGCAAACACCGAAGAAAUCUGGAGAGGAUGGAUUGAGUACUACGAGAUCACAAGGAACUUCUUAAGUCAUGUCAUAAUGCUAGUCUUCGUACUUUUUUUGUGCUUGUAUUUUUUAGCCUCGAUUGUAUUUGUACCCUCUAGUGUAGAUUAUGUGUAAUUUUACUAUUUGAAGUUUUCCAAAGUUAAUCAGGUUCUAUUUUGAAAA